CUGAGAGGAUCAGCCAUGCUGCGUCUGCUUCUCGCUGCACUUUUAUCUGUUGUAAAUCUUAAAGAUGUUAACUCCAGACCUAUACAAGACGCCAACACAGCUCUGCAGGAGGACUGGCUCAUCGCAGCCUGGCAUUACAUGGAGUCUAACCCAGAGACUUUAGAUGAACUGAUGAGCAAUGACGCCAUAAUUGAAGGCGACAUGAUUCUGUCAACUGACAGGAACGCAGUGGAAAGAACAUGGCCGACACAGGAGAUCCCGUACGCCAUCAGUCCAGAGUUGGCCGGGAGGACGAGCGACAUCCUCGCUGCUAUGGCGAUGGUGUCUGAGCACACCUGCGUGUCUUUCCACAACCGAAUCACCGAGACGAACUACCUGCUCUUCAAAGCCAGCAAAGGUUGUGCUUCAUUUGUCGGCUUCGUCGGCGGUGAACAGCCCGUCUUCGUCGGGCCCCCGUGCAUGGUGGGUAACGUUGCCCACGAGAUUCUUCACGCUCUGGGCUUCCACCACGAGCACACGAGGACAGACCGCGAGCAGUACAUCACCGUCCUUCCUGAUAACAUCAUGGCAGGGAUGGAGAGAAACUUCAAAAUGCAAGAAGGCAACACCUUUGACCUUCCUUAUGACAUCAGUUCUAUCAUGCACUACGGAAGCGGUUUCUUUUCCGCCAACGGUCUGCCCACCAUCGUAUCGAACACCGAGGUGAAGCAGAUGGGUCAGAGGGUCAAAAUGACAAACAGGGACGUUGAGAGAGUUCGUCACCUCUACAACUGUGACGCCUCUAAGAAGUCGACGGAGAAGGAAAGCAGUGAUGCUGAGAAGGCGGAGGAUUCAAACAUUGACAUGGUCAUCCAGAGUAUGAAGGCGUCCCUCGGCUCCGCCCACACAGGAAACCAGUACCAGAAUGAUGCUCCUGCCAACACAGAGAAGAGUCACUCACCUAUAUCUGCAGCUCCACCUUCACUGCACCACCUGAACGCUGCCACCAGGGGGCAGAGUAACACCAGAGGACCACAGGACUAGACUGAGCAUCUGUUAAUAAAACCAACAUAUACAGA